AUGGCUUCAACGGCAACAGUUCCAGCUGCAUCAUCGGUAGCGCCGAUCGCAGCAUCAACGCCGAAGAAGACGAAAACUCCGACCACAAAGUCGGCCGUCGCCGCUCCUGCUCAUCCGUCUACCGCCGUGAUGGUCAUCGCGGCCAUUAAGGAGUUGAACGAGAAAAAAGGUUCGUCGCUGUCGGCCAUCAAGAAAUACAUGUCUACCAACUACAAGGUGGACUCCGCCAAGUUGGCCCCGUUCAUACGCAAAUUUCUGAAAGCCGCCGUCGUCAAGGGUUCUUUAUUGCAGACCAACGGUACCGGCGCCAUGGGUCACUUCAAACUACCCGUCGAAGUAAAGAAGAAACCUGCGACUGUCAAGAAGCCAAGCGCCGCUGUCGUCAAACGGGUCGCUGCUAAGAAACCAGCCGCCAAGUCCUCGUCCAGCGGAUCUCCAAAGAAGAGGAGAGCGGCCGCGGCCGCCGAGCCUGCUGCUAAGAAGCCGAAAGCAGUGACCGCCAAGCCAAAGAAAUCAUUGGUCAAGGCGAAAAAAGCCGUCGUGGCACCAAAACCACCUAAGGCAAAAAAGGCAACAACGGCUGUGAAAAAAACGAAGUCUCCCAAGAAAAAGUAA